CUACCCUCCCCCGUCAUGUACCGGGCGACCAUUCCCACAUUUUUCUCCAUUUUCUUCGUCACGCUCUUCGCGAACACUCUAUUUUAUGGCGCUCUUGCAUCUCGUAAACUCUCUAAGCGGACAUCGGACUCCAAGACCGUCGUCGCCCACUUCAUCGUAGGAAACUCGCGUUCGUAUAACGCUGAUGACUGGACAAAGGAUAUCCAACUCGCCUAUGAUAACGGAAUCGACGCCUUCGCCUUGAACAUCGGUGGAGACUCUUGGGAACGAGAUCAAGUCGCUGACGCCUUCGGCGCUUGUAGCGCCAUGAAAACGCCUUUCAAGCUGUUCUUCUCGUUUGAUAUGUCUUCUAUACCCUGCUCUUCUGCUCAAGACGCCGAGACGCUACAUCAAUACCUCACCGAGUACCAUAGUCACGGAUCCUACUUUCUCUUUGACUCGAAAAUGCUUGUGUCGACAUUUUCUGGCGAACACUGUCUCUUUGGAACGAAGAAUCUCGAUCAAGCGUGGCAAUUCGCUGUCAAACAUGAUUUCCCUGAAGAUAUCCAUUUUGUACCUUCGUUCUUUGUGGACCCAUCGCAAAUUUCAGGACUUCAAGCCAUCGAUGGCAUAUUUGGUUGGGAUUCCGGUUGGACGAAGGACGGCAACGAUACCACUUUCGACUCUGACCUCAACUAUGUCUCCAAUCUGGGGGGGAAGACGUACAUGGCAGCUUGUUCACCUUGGUUCUUCACUCACUAUGGGCGCGACACGUACAACAAAAACUGGAUCUAUCCCUCUGAUGACUGGCUAUUCGCUGCACGCUGGGAAAACCUCAUAAUCAACAGAGAAAAAGUCGAUAUGGUACAAAUUUUGACUUGGAACGACUUUGGAGAAUCGCACUACCUAGGACCUAUUGAAGGCUCUCAGUCUGGUUCGGAGGCAUGGACUAAUGGUUACGAUCAUCAAGCUUGGCUGAAACUCGGGUCUUACUAUGCUCGCGCUUUCAAAGACGGACGCUUUUCAAACUUCGAUUAUAACGGCAUCUACUUGUGGAGUCGUCUCUACCCUGCAGCAGCAAACGCUCCCAGUGACAGCGUAGGGAUACCUGAUAACUGGAAACUUACAAAAGACGUUCUCUGGGCAGUCGUGUUUCUGAAGGCGCCUUCUACGGUCUCACUAAUCUGUGGUUCUUCAAAUCUCUUCUGGCAGUUGUCCAGUGGGACAUGGAAGCUUAGUCUGCCGCUCGUCGAGAAUUGCCAGGUCCAGGUCCAGGUGUCCAGAGAUGGAUCUAACGUCGCGGAGUUCAAGCCAGAUGGCUUCGCUUUCAAUAUGAACCCCUCUUCGUACAACUUCAACGCGCUUGUCGGCUACUAUAGUUGGAACUAA